AAUCAAGAAAAAUUUUUCUUUCCAGAAAUUGAAAAAUAUUUGAAAGAAAUAAGAAAAAGAAAAAAAAUGGAAGUCCCACGGAACAAUGUUCUUGAAAAUGUGCAGGGAAUUCAGAGAAGACAAAAUGAAGUUCCGAACAGGAGGACUCUUUCUGACUAUGUCACUCCUCCUGUGGCGGAACACAACAGCAUUAUUCCGCCAGAUGUCACAGCAAACAACUUCGAAAUCAAACCUGCUGUCAUCCACAUGUCCUGGCACUUAAUGACGGCUUUCUAUGAAGGCCUAAACGAGAACUCACGGAUAUUGUUGGAUGCCUCGGCGGGUGGAUCAUUCAUGAGCCUUGAACUUGACGAAGCUGAAGAACUCAUUGAGCGGAUCUCAACAAACGGAUCCACCUGGUACUCUGACCGUCCAUCCACUCAACCGAAAAUUGGAGGCAUGUACGAAGUUGAUCAAAUGUCGGCCAUGGCUGCUAAGGUCGAUAGCAUGAUGAGCAUGAUCCAAAAGAUUGCUCAAGUCUCUGCUGUGCAAAACACUACACCAACACCGCCUCCUGUUCCUGUUCUCAUGUGUGUAUCCUGUGGUGGACAACAUGAUCAAUCCACAUGUCCAUGGGAUGCAAUGGAGCAAGUUGAUUAUGUCAACUACAACCGGCCGCAGCAACAACAAAAUCCAUUUGGCGGAUUUAGUUCUCAAAACAGAAAUCAUCCUGGUUUCUCUUGGAGCAAUCCGAGUGGAGCUGCCAAUCAACAAGCUUAUCGGAGUUCACCACCCGGCUUUCAAAAUCAACAGCAACAACAAUUUAGAGGUGGCCAAGGUUUUGCUAACAAUCAACAGUUUAAGCAAAACCAAAGCUUCCCCUAUGUUUCCAAUCAACAAAAGCCGAUCCUACCAACUCCUGAAACAACAUCAGCUCCCGGCUUGGAUAAUAUUGUUGAUCAGCUACUCAAAUCUCAACUAGCCCAAUCCGAAACAUUGAAGAAGAUUUCUGAAGAGCUUACUCAACUUCGAGCUCACAAUAGGAUGCUUGAAAAUCAAAUCUCUAGUCAAGCAUCAACAUCCUCAACAAAGGUGACCGGAAAAUUGCCAGCUUGUCCUGAGAAUCCAAGAGAACAAAUGAAUGCUAUCACUACUCGGAGUGGGAAACAACUUCAAUCUCCAUCUCUUCCGAGUAGUGAGCCCGAUGAAGAAAUAAGGGAGGAUGCCAAAGAAGAACCUCAGAACAAAGUCAAAGGAGAUGCUGCUGAAAUGCUGUCGGAGUCAGUUCAGAUCAAAGAAGGAAAGAAGAAAGAAGAUGAAGGGUUGGUAAGGAAAUAUGCUCCACCAAUUCCUUUUCCAAACCGACUCAAGAAAUCACAUAUUGAGGAACGAAGAACCAAGUUCUUGAACCGCAUUGAGACAAAGGGAUACAGUUACACGGAAUCUGAGUCGUGGAAAGGUUUUGACAGUGCAAACGUCUUAACUUAUAAUCUCGGGGCAAUAAUGUGUUGCUAGAUACCGCUUAUUGUUUAUAGUAUUGGUGCAGAGCCAAUACUAUGGCCAGCUUUAUAAGUGCCUAUACGGGUCACACACUUUGGACAAUUUAAGGAGUAGGAUUAAACAAUGGGAUAAUAAGUAAUUUGUAUAUUU